AUGAGUAUAUCAAUGAAAUUGUUUCAAGUAAUUUACAUAUAAAUUAGAUAAUUAAUCUUUAUUUUUAAUUUAUUAAGACUAUUAAUUAAUUCUAAAAAUAAACCGAUAUUUAACUUGUACUUAUAAUAAAAUUAAAACAUAUAUCUCUAAUAAAUUCAUUAAGUUAUAUAAAACGUAAAUAUUUUAAAAGAAUCUAAUAAAGAAAUAAUGGAUGAAAUCUUAAAUGGAGUUCAUACAUUAAUUAAAAAAAGAAUUAAUCCUAAUUUUCUAAACCCUUAUUAAUUUUUAGAUUUAAAUUGCCAUGUGAAGUGUUGAUAAGUUUUGAUAAAUUAGAAAUUAAAAAUUAAUUUUAAAAUUAAAUCCUCGAAUUGGUUAAAACAAAAAGAAAUAGGAAAUUAAAUGAUAAAUAGUUUUAAUAAGUAGUGAGUAAAUAUUUACAAAGAAAAGAAAUCAUAAAUAAUAACUUUUUCAGAUAUAAUAUAAUCAUUUCAAAAAAAAAGGCUAGAAGAUAUAUAAUAAUAGAUAGAUCUCACAUCUUAUAUUACUAGAUUUUCUGUUGGUAAUUGUGA